AUGUCGCUCCUCAACUCUGGCUUGUUAAUUGGCCUUCUUGCCCAGCAGGCCGCUGCUUGGGGCGACCUUGGCCACGAAACAAUCGGCUACGUUGCCCAGCAGUUCCUAGCGCCGAAGGCACUUGCCUUUGUGCAAUCAUCGCUCGGCUCGACUUACUCGGAAUCUCUCGGCCCUGCCGCGCCUUGGGCUGACAGCGUGAAAUACGAGACGGCGUAUGAGUGGUCCCAGCCGCUGCACUUUGUUGACGCGAAUGACAAUCCUCCAACUUCCUGCUCGGUUGAGCAAACUCGUGAUUGCGGAGACGACGAGUGCAUCCUCACUGCGAUCGCUAACUACACCACUCGUGUGGUUGACACGUCCCUCAGUGCCUCUCAGCGCCAAGAAGCACUUAAAUUUAUUGAUCACUUCCUUGGUGAUAUCGGCCAACCCUUGCACGUCGAGAACUACGAGGUCGGUGGAAAUGACAUUGACGCCAAGUGCUCUGGCUCAAGCACCAAUCUGCACGCUGCCUGGGACACUGGCAUGCUGACCAAGAACGUCGAUGCCAACCAUGGCAGCAGCGCUACCACUUACGCCAGCUACCUAGUCGGCGAGAUUCAGUCCGGUUCAUACCAGUCGCUGGCGUCCUCUUGGCUCUCGUGCACAUCGAUCACCGAGCCGGUCAACAACAAGCGCCAUACUCCUUCUAUUGAGUCUGACAUCCGCAAUUUGCUUACGGUUCGUGCUAAGGAUACAACAAUCACCCCUCUGGAGUGCCCGCUCGUCUGGGCCCGUGACGCGAAUGCUUAUGACUGCACCGUCGUGUUCCCCUUCUCGAAAGACGAGGACGCUUGCACUGGCACCUACUAUACCAACGCCAUCCCCGUUAUCGACUUGCAGCUCGCCAAGCAGGGUUACCGCCUGGCAGCUUGGUUGAACGUCAUCUUCGACGGUGCCACUAAUCUUCCCUAAAGUGUAUUUCUACUCUAGUAUAGCGAGCUCUGGCCCGUUGUAAAUAAAUAGGAUGAAGGAUCUCUAUCCCUGCAGCUGUUUCACGAGAAAGUCUUUCACUUCGUCAAACAACCCACCAGGACCUCCGAACGCCUCAUCCGCACCCGGCGCCUUAUCCAGCGAAUGCUCCUGACCUUCGAGUACGCGCAGAGUCACAGGGACGUCCGCCUGUUCUAACAGCUGCUGCAUAUGCUGGGACUCUUGAACCGGCACCGCCGUGUCUGCCGAGCCAUGCAUGAGAAACGUCGGCGGCCAGCGCGCGUCGACGUGCAGCUGCGGCCAGAGCCUGACGUGUCUCUCGGGGAUGCACGCUCUCGGGUCGCUCCCUCGCUCGACAGCUUCCCGUAGGGCCUCGCUUAGACUAGGCGCGUGCUCGCCUGUGUAAUAGUCGAGCCAGAUGCCCAGCUGGAGGUACAGCCGCGGGAGGAGCAUGCGUGCGUUCGCGGGGAAGCCGGGGAUGGGGUGCUCGGGCCCGUGAUACGCCAGCGGGGAGCCCGAGACUUGUUCAAGCUUGACGCAGUGUGGGUACAGGAAUUCGGAGAAAUUUGCUGGUUCAAGGAUUUCUCUUCCGCGGAAGAAGACGCCGGAUUUCGGUGAGAAGUAAUGCGGGAUCUCAGUGCACAGGUCAGCGAAGAGGAGGUG